UACAAGUACAAGGAAGGGCCAGCCUUCCUGACUCGAUGCCCAUGGUGUUGGCAAAGCACAACUCCAAAAUCAUGGAUCAACGCUCGUACAUCUCAGCCUGGGAGAAGGACAAAACCAGCAUUCACAUCAUGCCAGACACCCCUGGGAUCCUGCUGGCCCAGCAGAACAAAGUGAACUUCAGCGAGAAACUGUACAAGCAGGCGAUGGAGGAGGAGAAGAAGAAGGGCUACGACAUGCGGGCAGAUGCCAUUCCCAUCAAGUCUGCCAAAGCUUCCCGGGACAUCGCCAGUGAUUACAAGUACAAGGAAGGGUAUCGCAAACAGCUGGGCCACCACAUUGGAGCCAGGAACAUUGAGGAUGACCCCAAGAUGAUGUGGUCAAUGCACGUGGCCAAGAUCCAGAGUGACAGGGAGUACAAGAAAGCCUUUGAGAAGUCCAAGACCAGCUUCAGCAGCCCCGUGGACAUGCUGGGAGUGGUGUUGGCCAAGAAAUGCCAGGAGCUGGUCAGUGACGUCGACUACCGUCAUUACCUCCAUGAAUGGACUUGUCUGCCAGACCAGAAUGAUGUUGUCCAUGCCAAGACAGUGUAUGACCUCCAGAGUGAUAACUGCUACAAAUCUGACCUGGAAUGGCUGCGGGGCAUUGGCUGGGUCCCAAUUGGUUCCUUGGAAGUUGAGAAGGCCAAGAAGGCAGGGGAGAUCCUGAGUGACAAAAUUUACCGCCAGCAUCCAGACACCAUCAAGUUCACCAGCAUCCCAGAUUCUCUCCCAAUGGUGUUGGCCAAGCAGAACGCAGACACCAUGAACAAGCGUUUGUACACUGAGGCCUGGGAUAAAGACAAGACACAAAUCCACAUCAUGCCUGACACGCCUGAAAUCACCCUGGCAAGGGAGAACAAGAAAAACUACAGUCUGAAACAAUACAGACAGGCCAUGGAAGAUUCAAAGAAGAAAGGCUAUGAUUUGAGAGCUGAUGCCAUCCCCAUCCAAGCAGCCAAAGCAUCCAGACAAAUUGCCAGUGAUUAUAAGUACAAGGAAGGGUAUCGGAAGCAGCUGGGCCACCACAUUGGAGCCAGGAACAUCGAGGAUGACCCCAAGAUGAUGUGGUCGAUGCACGUGGCCAAGAUCCAGAGUGACAGGGAGUACAAGAAGGACUUUGAGAAGUCCAAGACAAGGUUCAGCAGCCCCGUGGACAUGCUGGGAAUUGUGUUGGCCAAGAAGUGCCAAGGGUUGGUCAGUGACGUUGACUACCGGCACUACCUGCACCAGUGGAUCUGUCUGCCCGACCAGAAUGACGUGAUCCACGCCAAGCAAGCCUACGACCUUCAGAGUGAUAACUGCUACAAGUCUGACCUGGAAUGGCUGCGGGGCAUUGGCUGGGUCCCAAUUGGUUCCUUGGAAGUUGAGAAAGCCAAGAGAGCAGGGGAGAUCCUGAGUGAUAAGAUUUACCGCCAGCGUCCGGACACCAUCAAGUUCACCAGUGUCACGGAUUCCCUGGAGAUGGUGUUGGCCAAGCAGAACGCAGACACCAUGAACAAGCGUUUGUACACUGAAGCGUGGAACAAAGACAAGACCACGAUUCAUGUCAUGCCUGACACCCCAGAAAUCCUGCUGGCCAAACAGAACCGAGUGAACUACAGUGACAAAAUGUACAAACUGGCCUUGGAGGAGUCAAAGAAGAAGGGCUAUGAUUUGCGUUUUGAUGCCAUUCCCAUUCAGUCUGCCAAAGCCUCCAGGGAGAUUGCCAGUGAGCGUUUGUACACUGAAGCGUGGAACAAAGACAAGACCACGAUUCAUGUCAUGCCUGACACCCCAGAAAUCCUGCUGGCCAAACAGAACCGAGUGAACUACAGUGAGAAAAUGUACAAACUGGCCUUGGAGGAGUCAAAGAAGAAGGGCUAUGAUUUGCGUUUUGAUGCCAUUCCCAUUCAGUCUGCCAAAGCCUCCAGGGAGAUUGCCAGUGAGGUGACUGAAGCGUGGAACAAAGACAAGACCACGAUUCAUGUCAUGCCUGACACCCCAGAAAUCCUGCUGGCCAAACAGAACCGAGUGAACUACAGUGAGAAAAUGUACAAACUGGCCUUGGAGGAGUCAAAGAAGAAGGGCUAUGAUUUGCGUUUUGAUGCCAUUCCCAUUCAGUCUGCCAAAGCCUCCAGGGAGAUUGCCAGUGAGUACAAGUACAAGGAAGGGUAUCGGAAGCAGCUGGGCCACCACAUCGGGGCCAGGAACAUCGAGGACGACCCCAAGAUGAUGUGGUCGAUGCACGUGGCCAAGAUCCAGAGUGACAGGGAGUACAAGAAGGACUUUGAGAAGUCCAAGACAAGGUUCAGCAGCCCUGUGGACAUGCUGGGAAUUGUGCUGGCCAAGAAGUGCCAGCAGCUGGUGAGCGACGCCGACUACCGGCACUACCUGCACCAGUGGAUCUGUCUGCCCGACCAGAACGAUGUGAUCCAUGCUAAGCAAGCCUAUGACCUGCAGAGUGAUGCUGUUUACAAAUCAGACCUGGAAUGGCUGAGAGGCAUUGGAUGGGUUCCUAUUGGUUCCUUGGAGGUUGAGAAAGCCAAGAAAGCUGGAGAAAUCCUCAGUGACAGGAAGUAUCGGCAGCCUGCAGACAAAAUCAAAUUUACCAGUGUGACCGAUUCCUUGGCCAUGGUCUUAGCCAAGCAAAAUGCUGAGAUCAUGAACAAGCGCUUGUACACGGAAGCCUGGGAUGCAGACAAGAAGUCCAUCCAUGUCAUGCCUGACACACCAGACAUUCUAUUAGCAAAGGCCAACGCAGCCAACGUUAGCAAGAAACUUUAUGUACAAGCCUGGGAAGAGGCCAAAAAGAAGGGUUAUGACAUGAGAGCUGAUGCAAUUCCAAUCAAAACCGCAAAAGCAUCAAGAGAUAUUGCGAGUGAUUACAAGUACAAAGAAACCCACGAGAAGGAGAAAGGCCACUACAUCGGGUGCCCCAGUGCCAAGGAGGACCCCAGGCUGGCGCAGGCCGCGCGCGCCAUGGCCCUGCAGAACGACCGCCUCUACAAGAAGGCCUACAACGAUUCCAAGACCCAGAUCCACAUCCCUGUGGAUGCCCUGUCGGUGCAGGCAGCCAAGGAGUGCCAGACCCUGGUCAGUGACAUUGACUACAGGCAGUACCUGCACCAGUGGACCUGCCUUCCUGACCAGAACGACGUGAUCCACGCCCGGCAGGCCUAUGACCUCCAGAGCGAUAACGUGUACAAGUCCGACCUGGAAUGGUUGCGAGGCAUUGGCUGGCUGACAGAAGGGUCUGUGGAUGUGGUCAAAGCCAAGAAGGCCCAGGAGCUCCUCAACGAGCGCCUGUACCGCACGCGGCCGGAGCAGCUGAAGUUCACCAGCAUCACUGACUCCCCAGACGUUGUCCUGGCCAAGACCAACGCCAUGCAGCUCAGUGAUCGUCUGUAUCGUGAGGCCUGGGAUAAAGACAAGACCCAGAUUUCCCUCCCUUCAGACACUCCUGUCAUGCUGCAGUCCAAAGUCAAUGCUCUCAACAUCAGCAAUAAACAUUAUCAGAAAGCCUGGGAUGAGGUCAAGGCGAAAAGCUACGACCUAAGAGCUGAUGCCAUUCCCAUCAAGCAAGCCAAGGCCUCCAGAGACAUUGCCAGUGAGUACAAGUACAAAGAAACCCACGAGAAGGAGAAAGGCCACUACAUCGGGUGCCCCAGUGCCAAGGAGGACCCCAGGCUGGCGCAGGCCGCGCGCGCCAUGGCCCUGCAGAACGACCGCCUCUACAAGAAGGCCUACAAUGAUUCCAAGACCCAGAUCCACAUCCCUGUGGAUGCCCUGUCGGUGCAGGCAGCCAAGGAGUGCCAGACCCUGGUCAGUGACAUUGACUACAGGCAGUACCUGCACCAGUGGACCUGCCUUCCUGACCAGAACGACGUGAUCCACGCCCGGCAGGCCUACGACCUCCAGAGCGAUGCUGUGUACAGGUCAGACCUAGAGUGGCUCCGUGGAAUUGGGUGGUUGCCCAAUGACUCUCCAGAAGUUAAGAGGGUGAAGAAUGCCCAGGAUCUCCUGAGUGACAACGUGUAUCGGACCCCCAUUGACAGUGUGAAGUACACCAGUGUUGUGGAUUCCCCAGAUGUUGUUCUGGCCAAAACCAACGCUGAACAGAUCAGCACUCAAAAAUAUAAAGAAGCCUGGGAAAAGGACAAGACUAUGAUCCACAUCAUGCCAGACACCCCUGAAAUCAACCUAGCCAAGGCUAAUGCUGUUAAUUACAGCCAGAAACAAUAUAAAGGAGCUUGGGAUGAGCUGAAGACGAACUACGAUUUGAGAGCAGAUGCAAUUCCAAUCAAGACAGCCAAGGCUUCUAGAGAGAUUGCCAGUGAUUACAAAUACAAGCUGGAGCACGAGAAGCAGAAAGGACACUACGUGGGAGUGCCGAACGCAAAGGGAGAUUCCAAAAUCCAGUUUGCCCUGGACGUGGCCAAAGUCCAGAGCGAACGAGAGUACAAGAAGUACUUUGCCAAGCAGAAGACCCAGUGCCACCUGCCAGUGGACAUGAUGUCCAUCGUGUCAGCCAAGCAUGGGCAGGCCCUGGUGAGCGACGCCGACUACCGGCACUACCUGCACCAGUGGAUCUGCCUCCCCGACCAGAACGACGUCAUUCAUGCCAGGCAAGCCUACGACCUCCAGAGCGAUGCUGUUUAUAAAGCUGAUUUGGAAUGGCUGCGGGGAAUCGGAUGGUUGCCAAAUGAUUCCCUUGGAGUCAAGCAUGUCAAAUAUGCUGGAGAUCUCCUGAGUGAGAGGAAGUACCGCACAAAAGCUGAAACUCUCCCGUUCACUCCCGUGGCUGACAGAGUUGAUUAUGUCACAGCAAAGAAUAGCACUGAAAUCCUCAGUGAUAUUAAAUACCACAAAGAAUGGAAUGAGGCCAAGACAAAUUAUACUCUCACAGAUACACCACAGCUGGACAUGGCCCGAGAGGCAGCCAGAAUUCUAAAUCAGAAUUUAUACAAGGAAAGCUGGGAGAAAGAAAAAGCCACUGGUUACCUCCUGCCUCCUGACACGGUGCAGAUCACUCAUGCCAAGCACUCCAGUGAUGUCCAAAGUGAGCUGAAAUACAAAGCUGAGUAUGUCAAGCAGAGAGGUCACUACGUGGGAGUUGCCAAGAUGAGGGAUGACCCCAAGCUGGUGUGGUACGAGCACGCGGGCGAGAUCCAGAACGACAGGCUGUACAAGUCAGACUACAACAAAACCAAGUCCAAAAUCCACAUGCCUUCGGAUGCCAUGGCAGUUGUGGCAGCCAAGGAGGGCCAGAACCUGGUCAGUGAUGUUGAGUAUCGCCAGUACCUGCACCAGUGGACCUGCCACCCUGACCAGAACGAUGUGAUCCACGCCCGGCAGGCCUACGACCUCCAGAGUGAUAACGUCUACAAAGCUGAUUUGGAGUGGCUCCGUGGCUGUGGUUGGAUCCCUCUCGAUUCAGUGGAGCAUAAGAAGGUUAAGAAUGCACAAGAACUGAUAAAUAAGAGAGCUUACACAAAAGAAGCCCUGGAGAACUUUUCCAAAUACACCAGUGUGGUUGACACUCCUGAGAUCACCUUGGCAAAGAUGAACUCUGUCAAUCAGAGUGAUCUAAAAUACAAAGAAACAUUUAACCAGGAGAAAGGCCAGUACAUUGGGUCUGAUGAUACUCCUGCUCUGCACCAUGCCAAAGACAUGGCCUUGCUCCAGAGUGAGAAACAUUACAAGAAGGCUUGGGAGCUGAGCAAGCCCAUUGGAUACACUCUGGAUGAGAAAUAUGUUCCACUUGUGGGAGCCAAACAUGCAAACCACAUCAACAGUGAGCUUAAAUAUAAGGAAAUACACGAGAAGCUGAAGGGCCAUUACCUGGCUGGGAAGGAUAUUGGUGAUUUCCCCAGUGUCAUUCACUCCCUGGAAUUCCAGAAAAUGAGAAGCGCGCUGGCCUACAGAAAGAACUAUGAAGACACCAAGAAGAAUGUGCAUAUCCCAGCUGACAUGAUGAACCACGUCCUGGCCAAGAAGUGCCAGUACAUCCUCAGUGACCUGGAGUACCGCACCUACUUCCACCAGUGGAGCUGCUCCCCUGAGGAGAACGAUGUCAUCCACGCCAGGAAAGCCCAGGAGAUCCUGAGUGAUUCUGUGUAUAAAGAUGACUUAAACUGGCUGAAGGGACUUGGAUGUUAUGUCUGGGAUACUCCACAAAUCCUACAGGCUAAGAAAUCCUAUGACCUGCAGAGCCAGAUAAAAUACACCUCUGCAGGGAAGGAGAACUUCCAGAACUUCAGUGUGGUUACAGACACCCCUGUCUAUGUGACUGCUCUGCAAAGUGCUGCCAAUGCCAGUGAGGUGAAAUACAAGGAGGAAUUCCACAAAACUAAGGACAAGUACACAACUGUGACUGACACAGUGGAUUCAGAAAGAGUUCAGAGCUUGAAACACCUCUAUAGUGAUAAUCUCUACAAGAAGGCCUGGGAUAAAGUGAAAGCCACCAGCUAUGCACUGCCCUCAGAUACUGUAGCCUUGGCACGUGCCAAAGAACUGAAGCACAAUGCAAGCAUUGUCAAAUACCGUGAGGAAUAUGAAAAGUUCAAAGCCCUGUACACCCUCCCCAGAGGUGUUGAGGAUGAUCCCAACACAGAAAGGUGCCUCAGAGUUGGGAAGCUCAACCUUGAUCGUCUGUACAAAGAGGCCUAUGAGAAGACCAAAGCCAAGGUGCACAUUGUCCCAGACAUGGUGGACAUCAUCUCAGCCAAGGAUGCCCAGAAGAAGAUCAGUGAGAUCGAUUAUCGCACGCGGCUCCACGACUGGCUGUGCCUGCCAGACCUGCAGGUCAACACCCACGUGAGAAGAGUCACCGACCAAGUCAGUGAUGUGAUCUACAAGGAUGAUCUGAACUGGCUGAAAGGCAUUGGCUGCUUUGUCUGGGACACUCCUGAAAUCCUGCAUGCCAAGCAAGCCUAUGAUCUUCGCAGUGAUAUUAAGUACAAAUCUAAGGCAGAAAAAAUGAAGAAGGACUUCACUGUGGUCACAGACACUCCUGUCUAUGUCCAGAAUGUGAUCAGUGCAUUGAAUUUAAGUGAAGCUGUCUAUCGUGGUGAUUACAAGAAGAAUGUCCAAGGCAAGAUGAUCCCCACUGAUAAAACAGUGGAUCUGGAGCGGGCAUACAAUGCAAACAAAAUACAGAGUGAGAAUUUGUAUCGCUGGGCUGGUGUGAAUGCUCUGCCCACUGGCUACAGCCUUCCCACGGACACUCCCAACUUCCAGCACGCCAAGCACGCCCAGCACAUCGGCAGUAAUCUGAAAUAUAAAGAAGCCUAUGAACACAUGAAAGCCAAGGGCUACACUCUGGGACCUCAAGAUGUUGGCUUUGAAAAUGUGAGGAAAGUCAAUCAAGUCAUUAACGAGAGGCUGUACAGGGCAACCUACCACAAGAACAAGGACAAGAUUCACACCACCCCUGACACGCCCGAAAUCCGCCAAGUCAGAGCCACCCAGGAGGCCGUCAGCGAUCUCAUCUACAAGUCAGAUUUCUUCAAGAUGCAGGGCCACCUGAUCUCCCUGCCCUACACCCCUCACGUGCUGCACUGUCGCUACGUUGGGGACAUCACCAGUGACAUUAAAUACAAAGAGGACCUGAGGUGGCUGAAGGGCUUGGGCUGCUUCCUCUAUGACACUCCUGACAUGGUCCGUGCCCGUGACCUCCGCAAGCUCUGGUCUAAUUAUAUCUACACAAGUACUGCCAAGAAAAUGUGGCCUAAAGUCCAGGUGGUGUUGGAUACUCCUGGAUACAGAGCAGUGCAGGAACUAAAAACUCAUCUGAGUGAGCUGGUUUACAGAGCUGCAGGCAAUGAGCUGAAGACGAAAUACACUUCCAUCCUUGAUACACCUGACUUCAUAAGAGCCAAGACAGGACAAAAAAUACAGAGCCAGUACUUGUACGUGGAGCUUGCCACAAAAGAGAGACCCCACCAUCAUGCUGAUGGUCAGACUCAAGCCUUUGCACAUGCCAGGAAUGUCAAGGACAUGAUCAGCGAGAAAAAGUACAAAAUCCAGUAUGAGAAGAUGAAGGACAAAUACACCCCAGUCCCUGACACCCCAGUGCUGAUCAGAGCCAAGAGAGCCUACCUGAAUGCCAGUGAUCUGCGCUACAAAGAAACCUUUGAGAACACCAAGGGCAAAUACCACACAGUGAAGGAUGCUCUGGACAUUGUCUACCACAGGAAGGUCACUGAUGACAUCAGCAGCGUGAAGUAUAAGGAGAAUUACAUGAGCCAGCUGGGAAUCUGGAGAUCCAUCCCAGACCGGCCCGAGCACUUCCACCACCGCCUGGUCACGGAUGCCAUCAGUGAUGUUAAAUACAAGGAAGACCUGGAAUGGCUCAAAGGCACUGGCUGCUAUGUGUGGGAUACUCCAAGUUUUGUCCUGGCAGAGAAGAAUAAAGUGCUCUACAGUGGGUGUAAGUACAAGGAGAACUUUGAGAAGACCAAGUCCAAGUUCAAGUAUGUGGCUGACUCUCCAAGCAAUGAACAUUUUAAAUAUGCAACUCAGCUGAUGGAUGCGAAAAGCUAUAAAUCCUUUGCCAAGAUGCUCCUGCAGCACGGAUGCAAUGAAAUUCUGAGGCCAGAUAUGCUGACAGCACUCUACAACACAUACCUGUGGAGCCAGAUUCAGUACAAGAAGGACUAUGAGAAGAAGAAAGACAAAUACACCACAGUUCUGGAUACUCCAGAGUAUUUACGGACCACAAAGGUCAACAAGCAGAUCAGUGAUAUUAUUUACAAGCUGGAGUACAACAAAGCCAAGCCCAAGGGCUACACCACCAUCCAGGACACGCCGAUGCUGCUGCACGUGCGCAAGGUCAAGGACAGGAUCAGUGAUCUGAAAUACAAAGAAAUGUAUGAGAGGAGCAAAUCUCGCUGCAACGUCGUGGCAGAUUCAGUUCACAUCAAAACUCCCAGGCACGCCUACAAACUGAACAGCAACCUGGACUAUAAGAAGAAAUACGAAGCAGCCAAAGCCCACUGGCACCUGAUUGCUGACAGGCCUGACUUUGUCCAAGCUGCCAAGUCCUCUCUGCAGCAGAGUGAUUAUGAAUACAAACUGGACCGGGAGUUCCUCAAGGGGUGCAAACUCUCUGUCACAGAUGAUAAAAACACAGUGUUGGCCCUCAAUAAUGCCAUCCUGGCCAGUGAUAUAAAAUACAAAGAGAAGCACAACAAAGCCCGUGGGACGUACCACGUUGUUCCAGACACCCCCCAGAUCCUGCUGGCUAAGAACGUCAGCUCUCUGGUGUCUGAGAACAAGUACAAAGAGCAGAGCAAGAAGCAGCUGCCCCAUGGCUCCUUCACCACCCUGCCCGAGACCAGGGACACUGUCCACGUCAAGGAGGUGACCAAGAACGUCAGCGAGACAAACUACAAGAAGAAGUUUGUGAAGGAGAAAGGCAAAUCCAAUUAUUCUGUCAUGCUGGAGCCUCCUGAGGUGAAACAUGCCAUGGAAGUUGCUAAAAACCAGAGCACAAUUGAAUACAAGAAAGAUGCCAAAUCCAAACUCCACUACACACCUAUAGCAGAUCGACCAGAUAUCAAGAAAGCAACUCAGGCUGCCAAGUUAAUCAGCAAUAUUGAAUACAAGAAGCGUGGAGCAGCAGGUGUGGGUGUGACCAUGCUGGGACGUCCAGACAUUGAGCUGGCCAAGGAGGUGUCCAAACUGACCAGCCAGGUGAAAUACAAGGAGAACUUUGCCAAAGAGUUGGGAAAAAAGCCAAAAUACGAUUUGAAGGAGGCCAAAAUCUACAAGACCCUGAAGGACGCCCACAACAUGGCCAGCGAGGUGAAGUACAAGGCAGACCUGAAGAAGCUGCACAAGCCCGUGACGGACAUGAAGGAGUCGCUGCUCAUGAACCACGUGCUGAGCACGAGCCAGCUCGCCAGUGCUUACCAGUACAAGAAGCAGUAUGAGAAGAGUAAGGGUCACUACCAUGUGGUGCCAGAUAAUCUUGAGCAGGUUCAUCUCAGGGAGGCCUCAGAGCUCCAGAGCCACGUGAAAUACAGAGAAAAGUAUGAGAAGGAAAAAGGAAAGCCCAUGUUGGACUUUGAAACUCCCACAUACCUGACUGCAAAGGAGUCUCAGCUCAUGCAGAGCGAGAAAGAAUAUAAGAAGGACUUUGAAGAGUCCAUGAAGGGCAGGAACCUCACUGGCCUGGAGGUCACACCAUCCCUCUUGCAUGUCAAAUACGCCACCAAAAUAGCGAGCGAGAAAGAGUACAGGAAGGAUCUGGAGGAAGGAGUCAAAGGGAAAGGACUGACAGCCCUAGAGGAGACUCCAGACAUGCUGAGAGCCAAGAAUGCCACUCAAAUCCUGAACGAGAAGGAGUACAAGCGAGCCCUGGAGCAGGAGAUCCGCGGGAAGGGCCUGACCGAGCUGGCGCUGGAGACGCCGGACUUCGUGCGCGCCAGGAACGCCACCGACAUCGCCAGCCAGAUCAAAUACAAACAAUUGGCAGAAAUGGAGAAAGCCAACUACACCAGUGUUGUUGAUACUCCAGAGAUUAUUCAUGCCCAGCAGGUCAAGAACCUUUCCAGCCAGAAAAAAUACAAGGAAGAUGCAGAGAAGAGCAUGCCCUACUACGUGCCUGUGGCUGACACACCAGAAAUGCAGAGGGUCCGAGAGAAUCAGAAGAACUUUAGCAUGCUUCAGUAUCAGUCAGACCUACAGAACAGUAAAGGAAAAGUCACAGUGGUUCAGGACACCCCAGAAAUCCUGAGGGUGAAGGAAAACCAGAAGAAUUUCAGCUCGAUUUUGUAUAAAGAAGACAUUGGAACUGGAACCACAAUUGAAAAGACCCCAGAGAUGCAGAGAGUUAAACGAACCCAGGAUAAUAUCAGCUCGGUGAAGUACAAGGAGAGCAUUGGCAAAGGAACUCCCAUUCCCGACCUGCCCGAGGUGAAGCGCGUCAAGGAGACCCAGAAGCACAUCAGCUCGGUGUUGUACAAGGAGGAGCUGGGCACAGGCACCCCCACGCCCGUGACCCCAGAGAUGGAGCGCGUCAAACGCAACCAGGAGCAGAUCAGCUCGGUGUUGUACAAGGAGGGUUUAGGGGCUGGCACUGCCACGCCGGUGACGCCGGAGAUGGAGCGGGUCCGACGGAACCAGGAGCACAUCAGCUCGGUGUUGUACAAGGAGGGGCUGGGGGUUGGCACCCCAGUCCCUGUCACUCCUGAGAUGGAGAGGGUCAAACGCAACCAGGAGAAUUUUAGCUCGGUGUUGUACAAGGAGGAGCUGGGGACAGGAACCCCCACCCCUGUCACCCCCGAGAUUGAGAGGGUCAAACGCAAUCAAGAACACAUUAGCUCGGUGUUGUACAAGGAGGAGCUGGGGACAGGAACCCCCACCCCUGUCACCCCUGAGAUUGAGAGGGUCAAACGCAAUCAAGAACACAUUAGCUCGGUGUUGUACAAGGAGGAGCUGGGGACAGGAACCCCCACCCCUGUCACCCCCGAGAUUGAGAGGGUCAAACGCAAUCAAGAACACAUUAGCUCGGUUCUGUACCGGGAGGAGCUGGGCACGGGCACCCCCAUCCCGGUCACGCCCGAGCUGGAGCGGGUCAGGCGCAACCAGGAGCACCUGAGCUCGGUGCUGUACAAGGAGAACAUAGGCAAAGCCACCCCCACGCCCGUCACCCCCGAGAUGGAGCGAGUCAAGCGCAACCAGGAGAUCAUCAGCUCGGUUUUGUACAAGGAAAAUGUGGGGAAGGUGACCCCGACCCCCAUCACCCCUGAGAUGGAGAGAGUCAAACGCAAUCAAGAGAUCAUUAGCUCGGUGUUGUACAAAGAGAACGUGGGGCAGGCGACCCCCACGCCCGUCACCCCCGAGAUGGAGCGAGUCAAACGCAACCAGGAGCAGAUUAGCUCGGUGCUGUACAAGGAGCACAUGGCCAAGGGAACCCCGACCCCGCUGACCCCGGAGAUGGAGAGAGCCAAACGCAACCAGGAGAACAUCAGCUCGGUCCUUUACUCUGACAGUUUCCGCAAGCAAGUCCAAGGAAAAGCCGCCUACGUCCUGGACACGCCGGAGAUGCGGCGCGUGCGGGAGACCCAGAAACACAUCUCCACUGUGAAGUACCACGAGGACUUUGAGAAGAGCAAAGGGAGCUUCACGCCCGUGGUGACCGACCCCAUCACGGAGCGCGUGAAGAAGAACAUGCAGGACUUCAGUGACAUCAGCUACAGGGGCAUCCAGAGGAGGGUGGUGGAGAUGGAGCGGAAACGCGUGGACCAGGACCAGGAGAACCUCACAGGGCUCCGGGUGUGGAGAACCAACCCCGGCUCCGUCUUCGACUACGACCCCGCCGAGGACAACAUCCAGUCCCGCAGCCUGCACAUGAUCUCAGUCCAGGCGCAGCGCCGCAGCCGCGAGCACUCGCGCUCCGCCAGCGCCCUGAGCAUCAGCGGCGCGGCCGACGAGAAAUCCGAGCCCUCGGAGGGCACCGACCAGCGCCUGUCCUACUACAGCAACGGGGGCUUCUUCACCACCACGGCCACAGUGGGCUACAAGCAGGUCAAGACCAUUGAGCUGCCACAGCAACGCUCGUCCUCAGUGGCCACCCAGCAAACCACGGUGUCCUCGGUGCCUUCCCACCCCUCCACUGCUGGGAAGACGUUCCGGGCCAUGUACGACUACACGGCGGCGGACGCGGAUGAGGUGUCCUUCAAGGACGGGGACACCAUUGUCAACGUGCAGGCCAUCGACGAGGGCUGGAUGUACGGCACCGUGCAGAGAACCGGCAAGACCGGCAUGCUGCCCGCCAACUACGUGGAGGCCGUGUGAGCUGGGACAGCUCCCGGGGGCUGGGACAGCUCCCCGGGGGUGGGACAGCUCUCCGGGGGUGGGACACCUGCCCCGGGGAUGGGACACCUGCCCCGGGGGUGGGACACCUGCCCCAGGCCAUCCUGGCCCCCUCAGCCCCCACAGACAUAACUGCAGAGCAAAACACACCUGGAAUAUUUCACACAUUUGCAAAGGUACCUCUAAGCAGAUCCCGCCUUUCUCCCAAUGCCAAACACUCCCAAUUGUUGUCUGGAAUGUCAAACAUUUCAUCACACAGACACUACACAACAUCUCCAAAAUUCCAUUGCCAAAGGCUAACACACACAUUAUAGGAUUCAUCCUCCCACAAAGAGAAUUUUUCUGGGCUGUUCUAAAACGUUUCAAUCCCUUAAUUUCCUUUUCCAUUUAAGCUUUGUAUUUCAACCCAGUUUAUUUGGGGAGGGAAAAGCAACCACCCCUCUCCUGCUUGCUGAGCUCUCAUGAAUGUGUUCUCCUGCAACUGUUCUGGGGGCAAAAGCUGUGAUUUCUUGUAAAUUAGUGAUGAAUAAAGCUGAGGUUUCUGCAGUA